AACGGUCAUCACGUGCUCGGGCUGCAGGUCGUGAUUGGUCUUCAGUGUGCAUAUAUAAAUAGUUUAUCAUUUGUUUACCAUAAUAUCAAACAUGGACGUGUCGGGGCAAGCCGCGUUCACAUGCAGACCUGGGCAUUACGUCAUGGGGACGGUUGCCGGUUAAAAGGACCUGAUAUAGUCCCCCGGCCAAUGGGGUCGCAAAGAAGACAUACCAAGGGGUGGAGCGACAAUACCACCUCCAUUCAAUCUGCCAAAAAAUUGUAGUAAACAUCAGCUGACGUCCAAAGAUUCACUCCAGAGUCGGCAUCAAUCGCGGGAAAAAACAACAAGCCAUCAUUUCAUUUUCAGCCGGCACUGUGCGGUAACCAUGAACGACAUCGGUAUUAACAAAUUUCUGGGACCCCUCGGGUUACACCAAUAUGCUGAUAUAUUCCAAAUUAAAGGAUACGAUGUGGAGAGUGAUUUCUGUACGCUGGAUAAAGACGAUCUGGACGCCAUGAACAUCACAGACACCGAGCAUCGCGAGACAAUACUCCAGGCAGCCACUCACUACAAGCCCUCGGAGGAGUUUGAGGUGUUCCAGUGGCUUCGCGAUAACGGCAUCGACCACUACUUCGGCAACUUCAUCCGCAGCAACUACACGAACCUCCGGCAGGUCUCAGUCAUGGAGCUGACGGCCGACGUUCUUCACGAGCUGGAGGUGUUGCUGCCCGGCCAUCGCAAGAGGCUCAGGAACGCACUACCCAAGUUGCGGAAGAGGCGCCGAAUAGAAGAGAUGGAAGCCGAGGUGCCUGUUGCCAUCGGAUACUGGGGCAAGCCAGCAGCUCUAGAGGGCGCCAAAUAUGAUUUCCUGUGCAUCCAAGCCGCGCUCACAUCUAACAAGCCAAACAGUCUUUCCUUCACUGAAGAAUUUAUGGUAGAUUCCGGAAGUGACGUGGUGACGGCCCGACAAGAGAUUUUGGACCAGCUUGACCUUGAAUUGAUCGGUACAAUCCAGAGCAGGGGCGUCCACACUACGGUGGAGAAACAGCUGUACAAGGCCAUACUGCGUAUAGGCAAACAGGAGGCUGAGAUAGAGGUCAUGCCCGAACCGUACGAGUCUAUAGGCAAUAGAGUCAUGCGACAGUUCCGCCACGUGAUCGACAGCACGGUGCACUACUGGCUGCAGGGGAACCGACUGGAACCGGGCGAGUCGUCGGGCCAAGCGUCGGCGUCCGCACUCGGCAGCUCCAGCGGCGAACAAACGUCGCACAGCACGCCGGAGCUGACGGGCGAGUCGGGCGCCGAGUCCAAAGAGGGCUCGUCCCCGGAUGAGUUGACGAAGCGAAAGAAGACAGGGCAGGCGAAGGCCGAGUCGAUGGGGGAGGAGGAGAGAGAAGCCGAGGCGGAGGACUCGUCGUCCACCUCGUCCGCUGAGAGAUCACCAUGACGUCACAGGUCAAGGGUCAACCGUGAAGCCGAGAAUGGCCGGCUUGUGCCAGUAUGUCAUAAGAAAUUGUGGUUACUGAGUGUAGUAGGGUGGCUCACGACCAUCGCUGUAAUGCUACACUCCGUACAUUAUUUCUUUCCCUUUUUGGUUUCUUUUCUUAAAAGAGUUGAUUUUCAACUUCUGCCACCUAUUGUCCGAUGAACGACCUUUUGCCGCCUGUAUUGUUCGAUGAAUUUUAUUUUUCUAUGAUUUAUUCAUCACACGUGGUUCAAAUUAAGCCAUCUUACACUCAUGAUUACCUCAGCAUGAAAAUGAUAUUUUGAAGUUGUUUGCGAUUAAAAUUGGCAUAUAGAGCCUUUUAUACUUCCGUGUUACAUAAUAGAGUGUCAGUCAGUAAAACUAGGUUUUUUCGGGUAGUUUCGUUAACAUACUAGAUCCCGAUUUGAUGCUUAGGGCAAAUCAUGAAAGUGACUUUCAGUCUGAACCGAUAUUAGCGAGCGUCGCACAGACCAACGAUGACUUUCAGGAGAUGUGAAAAUGUAAAUUAAAACCCAAAUUUGAAGUUCUAAAGAGGGUCAACGUUCAUAGAUUUGCCAGCCAGAAAGCAACACUCCUACGCGUGAUUGGCAAUAGCCAGCGUAAAACAGUCUUAAUAGGCUUGGCAUUUAAUUGGUACCCCCAGUUUAAUCAUUUUUGCCAACUCUGCAUAGGCCUACCAGGUCGUCGAAAAUCGGCCCCAGAAACCACGAAAUAGCACGCAGUGCUAGAAACGAACGUCGUCGGUUUUUUUUCCAGCUCCGAGGAAAUUUUACGAAUUCGUUUACUGGAGAAUACCAGGUAGCAGUUCCUGAUCAGUGUCAUGUUUGCUGUAGGUUUGAAGGAUAGUGUCAUCACGUUCUGGGCCUACCUUUGUCACGCUUGGAUUAAGCACUGCACACCAUAAUGUGUGUUAUGAAUGCCUCUAUUGCCCUUGAGCAUAAUGGCAGAAUAUUUCCUCCGAGUUUUUCCAGCAAAUGAACGAAUCCAGCGUAACAUUUCCAGGAAAUUGGAAACCAAAAUCAGUGAUGUAUAAGUCUAGCAAGUUAACGCUAACCCUCCUCAGUCCUCCAACAGGUGAAGGAUUGAGGAGUGUUAGGGUUAAUCUUCUCCUCUAUUUAUGUACGGUUGGUCAACAAAACAAUGUGUAGGGCUUUAAAUAUAAAUAUGGCAAGUUCCUCGUCCCCCUCGUUUCCAUAAUGUACCACAAGUUUUGUUGAUGUCUGCUCUGAAAUAGGCAGGUCUUUGAAUUAAAAUACAAUGUUUACGUUAGGGUUUGGAUCUUUUACAUUGCUUGCAACUUGCAUCACAAAGGAAUCAGGAACAGAGCUUCGCAGCGGGAAGAGCGUGGUCCUAAACCGACACUAUUUGAUGUUUAUGUAGGACCACUGGUCAUUACAUUGUGUAGGUACUUCACAAUGUUGUGCGGUCAUUAAUGCAACACUGUACGUUUUUUGGUCGUACAGCUGGAUAUUACGUAUAAUGUAGCGUCAUUCUCAUAGGUUUCACACUAAAAGAAAAUAACUCGAAUGCCUUAAAAACCGUCUAAUGUGCUUUAGACAUGAUUAGUUACUAUGAUUUCAUUCUUAACUUUUGCGUUUUAUGGCUUAGAACAAAAUGACAACGGCUUGAGUGUUUUAUGGCUGGUGAUAUACUGCACACUUGCUGGGGAAUUCUGAGAAGUUUAGUUGGCCGGAGAAUACCUAUGCGUUCGGCGAACGCAUUCGUUGUCCGUUUGAAAGUGUGGCUUUAUAUGAAAAAAGACCAAAGAUUUCUGUACAAUGCAGUAUAAAAUAAUUUGUGCGUGUAGAGUUCGGCUUCACGCGUUGUACAUGAUAUUUAUUUCUACUUACAUUGUGUGUGUGUCCUCUGCUACGUUAUUUCAACAAGAAUGUGUUACACCUUUUUUUCCCUUUUCCUUUGGGAGUUGUAAUGUCCACUCUGUUCACCAGUUUCUAAACUGAUCUGUAAUUUAACGCAGUCACCAACAUUUUUGUUCUUCGAUUUUUUUUAAUAUCGAUCAACUUUAAAGAGGGCCACUGUUCGCAGAAAGAAACUAGGGACAAGGUUAUACUGAAGGGAGAGCUCCGUUAAACAAAAAAUGCGCUCACUCCUGCCGGUCACAGCGCCCGCCAGCUUGAGCCGACCAGGCUGUCACCACGUCAAAUGCUGCGUACGUUGUUAGCGUUUUGCUGCUGUAAUAAGGCAUUUUAAAGAGAAAGAUAAUUGUGGACAUAGGUGUUCUUUGCCUUAAUUUGGUUUCCUUUAAGUGACGACGGCAUACCACAUGACCCUGAAUUGUGUUAUCUCGGUUGUUUCCGUGGUAACCACUGACCAUUUUCAUUUCGGCUGGACAUUUCAAGUGUGGACGGAAAUUGCUCCUGUCCAAGGACUUAAAAUCACUGUAGACCAAGAACAGCGGGUGCUAGACCGGAAAUUUUUUUUCAAAAUAAAAGGCGCCUUUUUUUAAACAACAAACCGUGAGCAAAAUGCCACCAUACAAUCUGGGUUAUUUUAUUUGGCACACUGCUUGACAACAUGGCGGGAAAUUGGUAUAUACUGAACAAAAACUUCACAGUAUAUUUUUCAGUCGCUAUCCACGCUUCAUCAUUCGACAUUUCCGAUUCACUCAUUCUGAUAUCGCUCUAUAGACCUUUGCACACUGUUGACUUACUUUCACCCAUGAUUCCGAGCCUGUUUAGUCGGGCGCUGCCAAAAUUACGGUAUCCAGACGUCGAUUCCAAUAGGUGCUGUCGGUUUGUUGGUAUUUUAGUUCUGUGCCUUUAUUCCUUUUACGACAGUACUGUACACUGGAGCCUUCAAGCGGUCGAGUUGUUCACUCUCAUGGGUUUUUAGACCAUUCUGCAGGGCAACAUCCACAAGUAUCGCGCAAGCAGGAAUUUGCUCACUGCUUACAACUUGUCACGGAGCGCGCUUUUGUAGCUCUCCAAAGAAAUUUACGAGAUGUCAUAUUUCUUACGGUUUCGCACCGCGUGAUUGCUGGUCAUUUUUGAGCUGUCAUUGACGCCAAAAGGAUUCUGUUGUUACAUCAUACGCAAACCUGAGGAAACUCAUGGUGUGCGGGCUGUACCUGUCAAGUCCAUGAAUGUAACAACAGAGUGGAAGCGUCUUAAGGAAGUAGCCAUCCCAUCUAGGGAAAAGGUUUCAUUUUGUUUUGUUUGUUUUUGAGCAAAAAGGACAAAGUUUGGAAGAGCUUUUUUAACGGGUUUUGCCCUUACAUCGACUUUUUUUUUCAAUCGACCAGAGUCUUCAUUCUUUUGGGUUUGUACCUUGACACUGCGUGUUCCACCACAGCUUAUGGGCUUUUGAAUAAUCCUUACGUGUUGCAAAAGUUAAACCUUUUCAAAGUAAUUUCUUGUCACAUUGCUGGGAAAUGUGACCUUUUGAAAACUCUCCAAAUAGAAUGAACUCUGCCCAAUGACCUGACUUUUUAAGGCUUAAUUUUAACUUGUCAUUCGUUUUUAGCGUCUUUUAUCCCGCUGUCUAAAAUAAGUUUUUAGCAUAAUUCUCUUUUUAAUCCAGAAGAUAGUAUGAAAGGGAAUGGAAACUUGUGAAAUUCAAACAGUAAAAAUGUCGUAGAUGUAUUUGGACGGCGCUGCCAAGUUUAAGGAUUAAAUUUCUCAUUCGUCUUAUUUUGCAGUUUUGUAGCAUAACAUGGCGUGCAACCUUAAGUAUUUUCCAUCGUGGACCAAGUAUUUGUAAUUUAGACUAUAAAAAAGAAACAAAUUUUAUUUAUCUUUGUUCCAUUUGUGAUUUAUCGGUCAAAUGAUUCUUCACCCUACAGGUACCGAGACAAGUGUUUUGAAGAAUGGACAACACUGUAUUUCGUUAAAUCGUAUUCUGACCCUGGUUCUUCGCCUUUGAAGGGAAUAAACUCUCAUUUAGGUCAUUUUUGGUUCCAUUUAACCAUCACGAAGUUAUCUUGCUUGGCCUAAGUGUUUCCACGCUUUGCCACUAAAACACCAUUUUUUGUACUUCCCUGGCCUCAAAAGAAACGACUUUUUUCUUAUUUCAUGGCUGAGUUUGUUCCCGCGGGAUAGUGGUAUAGGUGUAUAUUAUUUUUCCUGAUAUGAGGUCAAACUUUUUAAUUCUUUUCCCUUAGUUCUGUCCUUAUUGAAAAUGAUGGAAAGGUUGCCAACCGUUUCCUAGUCGAUGACUGUCUGUUGAAGAACAGUCACAAUUAAUGCUGUGAUCUCUUCGUCUUGCAGUCUUUUCGUGUCAGUGAUCAACAUGUUGCCAAAUACAAAGAGAUCAUUAAAAAAAAUCUUAAAAGAUAUUCUUACACGUUUGCUGUAAAUUAGAACCACCGACUAUUUUAGCUUCCACGUUUGACAGAGGUAAUUAAUCGGAGAGGAAAAGCAAACUCAGACAGAAAAGAAAAUGGUUAAACGGCGCUCUGAGAAUAACCCAAAUUAAAUUAAUUACCACUUCCUGUACAAUUUGUGUAUGAUAAUUGAUACGAAAUUUCACGGGGACUAAUUGAUUACGCCCCAUUAAAUACACCUAUAAUACACUGCCAUUCCAAAGCUCAAUGUAUUCAGUAAAAAUUGUACUCCGAAAUAAUCGUUAGAAAAGCAUUUUUCGAAGUAUCCAGUGCGAAAGUUGUGCAUUUUGGGUGUGGUUAAUUGGCAGUUCCAAAGCCCUUUUUUUAAUGGAUCUAUACAAGCUAGUCUAAAGCAACUUAUUAUUAUGCAAGCCAGUGUAUAGUAUUAGUUAAAUAUCAAAGGUCGUAAACUGCACCGCAAAUCGAGGUCCGAAACAUCAAUUGAGUAAGAUCUACCCGGCUGCCCCCCUCCUAUGCACAUUGGAGGUUUCUGGCGCCUUUGACGUCAAUAUUGCGGACGUCAGAGAAUUCAAAGGUAACUUUAUAGAAUGGAGGGCACAUUGCCUGUCUCCACCACCGCCCACACAGGGUGCUGGGAAGGGCAAAAGCAUGACGUAAUUUUGGUCGUGUACUCAUUGGAUAGAGUUUAUUUGAACAAUAACAAACGCAAACGCCUCCCCGUGCGCAUGACACGAUCGCACGGUAUGGGAGAGCAUUUAACCCACAAAUGCCUCGCGCGACAGUCGCUGUGUAGUAUUUCCUUCGCAAAUUUGGUGAGUGGCGUUUACCCUUCCAAACACCCUUUAAGGGUGGUGGGUGACAAGCGAAGGAGGGCAUGAGCAGGGCUGGGAUAGCGUGGUAAAAUGCCGGUCCAUUUCCAUGACUGACGCAAGGCAGAUCCCCUUCCCCCUUCACUUCUUCCAACAUUCUACCAAGCACCCACGGCCUCAGCAGGGUGCUUGUUCAGGUGCCAAGGCCCUGUUCAUUCCAAAAUCAUGUUCCACCCUCGAGGCGUGAUGUACGGAAAAAGAUACGACAGAGCAGAGUGGGUUCUUGUCUGCACCGUUAAACACAAGGUACGAUUCCUCCCCAGGUCCGUCCCAUCCCAGCACCACCUGUAGACCCAACUGAUAAGUUCCUGUUGCUAACACAAUCGCUGUGUUGUGGGACGCGCAUCGUGCGCGCUGGAGUUGCGCAAAGUUGUCCAGGACAACUGGUGCAAUGUCACCGUUAUCUCACUGUUGGGAGUUUCCUGGGUUUCUACCAACCACGUGGCCAGAUUCCUCCAUGGUCCAAUGAACAAGUAAUUUGAUUGCUCUAUAUUAAUGUAUGCGACUUCCACGUAAACACCCAGCAAAAAGAUACUUAUAGGCCGUGUUGUGCGUCAUAAAGUUCUCCCGCAACUCUCUUCGAUCCAACUGUCUCUUGAGCGUCAUGCGACGUCCCAAUGCGGCUUUUCUGUCAAUAGUUAUACUCUUUCCACCACGGCCUGGAGGAUUACGUGAAAUAAACAGGAUCUGCGGGUAUUGUACUUUGUACUUAGAAUGAAAAACGUGUCAUGUACUAAGGUGUAUAGUGCUGCCGGUACAUGGCGUACUUAGGAGAGGAUGGAAGGUUCAGCAGAUGGCUAUUCAGCUGCGGAUAAGCAAUCUCUAUCAGAAAAUGAACUCUGCUGUCACGGGUGGAAUUACCUGCUCUGCGUUCCCAUGGAAAUGGAUCCUGGCUUAGCAUGUUAUCCAUUCACUGACUAAAGUGAAGUGAACGUGUUUGUGAAUGCCCCAAUGAAUUUAAAAUAGCAAUUAAUUCCUUUAUCCAGACAAAGUAUUCAGAAAACCAAUUAGCAAUACUUACAACGCAAUGCAUGCAAUGCAUAUUUCUAUAGCAUUUUACGUCCAUUGUUAGAUAACCAUACUUCAACACUGGAAUUCCAUAGGCGGCCAUAUCUUUGUUGUGCACCCAGACGGCAUUGUCACACUUUACAGUUUCUGGAAUACAGACUGUCGUUCAACCUUCGUAUAAAACCCCCAGAAGGUUUGGAUUCGGGAAAAGCAAUUUAACGACAACAACAGCUGCUGACAGAAAAGCCACAAGUUCUAAACUAGUUAAAAAGACGUUUAUGAUAAUUUGAUCUCCGUUUUCUUGUAGAUACCUUAAUGGCCGACCGCAAUACCUGUGUUCACUAGUACCUUCGCAUUCGCUACUGCCGUGCACUGAGUGUAGUAGUUGCCGAAGAAAAUUGUGUUUAAUUAAAGGAAAUAGUCUGGAAAAGAUCCGCCAUAUUAACCAGCGAAUGCUCGGGCCCUGUUAGAUAAUGUAAAACAGUAUACCUAAAAGGCUUAAUCGUCCGCUUCGUGUGUGUAGUGCUAUAUUUUGACUGUCCACAGUAGUAACGUGUAGUGCUAACAACUAUACAGAGUGUGUCAGGUGAAACUAUUUGAUGUAUAUCAUGCUCGACCCCAUUCGUGGGUAUAGGGUGUUUUGGGGGUUAAAAAGGUGAAAGUAAUAUAAUGAAGCAUUCUAUUUGCAUUACUGUGAAGUCCUGUGACGCCUAAAUCAAUGAUUGUAUUAAGUCCAGCAGUAUAAGGGAAUGCUAAAAGAUGUGUAGCUUGAAAAGCAACCGGAUUUUGACCGUGGAUAAUGAGUUGUAUCUUCGUUUUGAACAUUCGGAUGAAAAUGUGAGAUUUCUGUUUCAAAAUGAGGAAACCACAAAACGCAAAUAUUUACUGAAUUUAAGUCCGAUUGUGAACAGGUGUUAUCUUGCCGUGGCCAAAAUAAUUGAAGAUUGAUAUCCACGAGUUUAGUUGUAAAGUAAAUGUAAAAGACUCAUUUGAUAUCACCCACCACACUAUUUAACGUCCAAUUAUUCAUGCCACUAUAUACCACCGUCAAGUGAUUUCGACACAAUUUUCAACAUACACAAAAGAGAACAGGUUGAUAGCAACUUCAAAUAGAAUCACAUCUGGUACACCAACAGCGAAAAAUACAACUGCAAAUCCGUCUUUAUCCACAGUUACAAGUUCGAAUUCCUCCCGAAACCACAACUCUGACCACCACCAUAACUGCAACCAUAAACACUGCAACCAUAAACACUGCAACUGGGCCCCAAGCAAAGAAUGCCAUACGUACAACUACCCUUGCAAAGACAACAUAAUGCAACGUGGUAAUCAAAAAAGAACCAAACAAGAGCUGCAGGGGCGGCCAUAAGAACAACUGAAGCACAGAAGUUGGUCUUAAAAAAACAGAAUACAACAAAUAAAAAUGUAAUGUUAUGUAGGAAUUUUAGGAAAUCAAUACAUUUGCUCUAGACGAGGAAAUGGUUUUGUAGUAAUCAGUAUUCCAAAAGCUGCAAAAAAGUCACAUUGAGGUCCAGCAUUGAAUUAUUCUUGUAUGAACACAGUUAAGAAAGAACGUGAAAAGUCCACGCAAUCCAAACAACAAGUGGAGAAAUAUUGAAGUUCUCGUCGUACGAAGUGCCGUCAGUGUUAUUUUUUUCGUUGUAUACAUGUUCAGUGUUUCAGAACAACAACACAUUUUUAAUGAGCGUGAAGGGAAGACCUCAUUAAACCUUUCCACCAUAUUUACAUCAGUAGUAAUGAUAUGCGAUCCAGUCUAUUAACACUUCAGUCAUUGGCCUGAAAAUCAGGGAUUUAGCUAAUCAUUUUACCUACAAAUCUAUCAAAAUGGUAGAAUCCAUGUAAGUUAAUUAAGGUUUUAUUUAUGUUUUUAUAAAUAUGCAUUAUUUAUAUAUUAUAACUAUUAUUGUUGUGUUGUUGUUGUUAUUUGUUUAUUUAUUAUUUGUUCAUCACUUGCGAGGAAUAUUGCCACCUGAAUGUAAACCACAUUAAAAGCGAGGGCGCUCACACGCAAGGGUUUUCGGGACAACAGAGAAUUAACCUCACCCAUCUCGAGGCCCUCUACACAGGGUGCUUUCGAGUGGCUUCCGAGGCCCCCUGAUCUGGAAUUGGCCAUUGGUUUUGUGUGUCAAACAAACGAGCCUUUAGCCACGAAGUUAAAACCAAAUCAACCCGUGGAAGCUAUACUCGAACGCAGUCACUAUAAAGGAACUCUCUAAAGGCAAAAGAAUGAAAAACAUAAAUCCACUAGAAGAGUCAAAGAGCGUAAACCCAACUAAAGGAGGGAAAAGUCACUAUAAAAGAGAACUCUUGUAAAGGACAACUCGUUCUCGAGUUGUUUUUUAAAUGGCUCCCAGGCAGAGUGGAAUUUUCACUGUUUUGGAGUGGUUUUAACUCCUUUGGAGUGGUUUUAUAUAAGGAACUCACUCUUUUUUGAGAGUGAGGCUUUCAAUCUCUUGCAUUUAGAGAGAAGUACUGGCAGCUAGGCUGAUGUCAUCCCACGAGUAAAGUGUAUUGGUAGCUUAUAUGAUUUUUUCUCACUGAUUAGACAAGAUGCGCUUCAUUUAAAUCGGUAAUUGCUCUAAAUGGGGUGAACUGGACAUGUAACUUCCGAUAUAAUUCAUUUAGAACAGCGCCCUCGCGUGUGCUCAUUUCAGUCCAAUUUAAUUUCUAUUUUAUUUCUGUGCAAGUUCCUUUAGCAUCGUCCAAAAUAAGUCCAAGGUAGCCUUGUCCGUCAGGCAAUUACACGUGAAAAAGAUAUACAGCACUUGAAUGACAGGAGGCCAGAAAAUGCUCGCCCUUUUGUCAGCAACAUCUUCAUCAGACGCAAUGAGUAAGGGCGCGAUGAGGCAGGUGGUGGAAGGGAAGGAGGGCAAAUCUGAAAAAAAGCGGGGGGUGGAGGGAGUGAAAAAAAAAGAGGAAAAGGAAUGAAACCGCCAAUUUUUCUCGACAGUACCUUGGAACUGACGUCUGUCUAACAUUCAUGGUUUGUCACUCCCCCCCCCCUUAAAAUCCUGGUGACGUUCAAGUCUUCAGGUCACAGCUUCGCUACACUCUAAUAUUAAACUUAAACCUUACCUGGAAAUACUCUGAACCCUACGUCUGCGUUUUACGAAGUAGUUGCUGCUAUAAAAGCUUUUGUAAACUCUUUUACCUCCGUUAAGGCCGAUUCACAUUUGACGCAGAAGCGAACAGAAACCAGACUUUGUUACGUCAGAUCAAAUAUUCGCUCUGCCAAUUUGCAAAACAUGACCACAUUGCAACUCGAGCGAAAUGUUGCUGCAAAUCUUUCCUGACGUCAAUUCGCUUGGCUUUCAUGGCCACCUAUAGUAUGCAUCGGCCUGUAGUCGUUAAAGUUCUGCAUAACUUUUCCACCGAAUUUAUUUGCGACUAAGAUAUUUCAAUCCCGGGUUUAAAAAGGGCUUAAAAUAUGCAUUCUUAUUUGAAUGAGUCAUUUCGACUCGCAUUCUAAGCGUAGUGACUGAGCACUUUGUAACAGUUUGUAAUGCUGUUGCUAUGUUUGUUUCCAAGUAUACAUGUCUUUGGAUUGAGGAAUUGAACUAUUAAUCCGAAUAAUUGAAAUUUUGAAAAUAACACUCUCCCCAGGCUUGUUUGGUGUAAAUUUUUGCAUAGUGUUAUUGGGAAUUUGGCAAUUCAAAACAUUUUAUUUUACAGAUAUACGCACAAAAGUAGUUUCUUUAUUCGGAUUAAUUCUUCAAGUUGAAUGUUUAAUAGUAAGAAAUGUAUUGUGAAAUGCUUUUUUCUGUUUUUUUUUUAAGAUGAUAUCUCGAGAAGUUGGUGCAGAACUGAAUAUAUGCCUUCCACGGAUGCGUUGAGAUCUCGUUGUAACUACCAAAAACGAGACAAUCGGGCGCCAAUUGAGAUACGCAGGGUGAAUCUAACAUUGCCGGUGUUGUACGAAAUGUGGGCUCUCGUGAAAUCUGGCCUUUGUCCCUUUAUGGAAACCCCACGUCACUUACGCCUAUUAACUGUCAUCGUUUUAUGCGCACGCACCAAGUCAUGCGCACUGCGGUCAGUGGGUUCAUUUUUUCCCACAGGGUCCAAAUUUUUACACUACAACGCCACGAAAUGUCUUAGUCUAAACAUGAUUCAGUAAAGUUGACACACUUUUUAAAAACUUUUUUUGGUACUUACAUUUGCUUGUUUUACGAGAAGGUCGGUGUUUAUAUCUUUACCAGCGAUCUGGGUACACCCUGCGUAUACGUAGGCACACCAUCAGCCUUGAUAAUUAUCUCAAAGGCUUGGGACCGCUAAAAGUUGUCUAGAAUGCUCGCCAGAUUAGCAAAAGUUAUGAUCAGGCCUCCAUACGGCGUACUCAUAGAACUGUACUUUUCGGUACAAACUGCCAUCCGGCAAAACAUUCCUGUAUAAACGUCUUUCGCGUUUCUUCUUUCUUUUUAUAUCUAACGGAAACAGGCCACAGAGGCCUGGGUGUUCAUCGCUUCCUGCAGCCAUCCAGAGCAUUGCAGACAUUUCUUAUUUUGAGUCCCGAGCCUUGGCGAUCUUGUCAAGGCUGUAGAUGGCCAGGCAAACUCGUCGACAGGACGCACAGGCGCCUUGUUGCCAACGCAUUUUGCCUUGUAAGUGUGUAGAGAGAGAUGGAUUAAGGUGAUCUCUUUUCAAUUUCGAUCUUUGGUAUCUGUAUGGAUGUCCUGUUUUUUCUAGAGAUGGACCAGUGUUUAAUUUACUAACCACGCAGGUGUAACGUCUUGUUUUCUUAAGAUGGUGGAACAGGAGCCCUAGUCUCCCUCCAUUUUUAAAAAAAAAGGACAAUAAAGUGAACGUGGCACACUAGUUUUUCAGACUGGGGGCCGCUCUAGUGUGGUGGACUAUGGAAAAAGGAGAACAAAAAGACAAAUACCUCAAAUCGAUGUUGAAAGUUUUAUCAGUAUUGAGUGGCAUUUUUUACGUUCAAAAUUGCCGCGAAAAGGUGUAAGAUACAAAAGUACUAAAAAAUUGCAAAAGAACUAUUUUGCUAUACAAUAAUAAUACAAUGCGGAACUACUAAUGUAUGAUGACUUGAUGAUUUUACGACUCAGGGUACUUAUUGCAGGAUGUAUUUUGACGGUGAAAUCAGCGACUGUUUUGGAGUUUACUGGUAAUAUUGGACGGUGAAUAAUAACACUUGAUAAAUCACAUACCUUGUACUGACAUCAUUCGCUGGUUCCCGCACAGAGUUGUUCCCCUCGUAGAUUUCCAUCGCUAUUCGUUCUUUCCACGUGGAUGAAAGAACGAUAACGGGAGCCAGCAAAAACAGACUGGAAACGGACUAUUUUAAUGAAAUUGAUAAUAAUCUGCAGCCGUGGACGGGAAGUGUGCGUGUGCAUUAUAUGCAAAUAGAUGCAAAUCGUAUGCACUGUUUUGCAUUUAUGCGUAUGUAUGCUACUGUGUACCGGUUGUAUGGUUGUUUGUCUCUGGAUGCUGCAGCAAUGUAACGUUCGACGUACGUGCUUGUUUGGCUUUGUACUCUAUACUUAGUACUUUCAUACAAUAAUAUAAAAUAUAACAAUAAUUUAUCAUUGUUACGGAAAUUUGAAUUUGUGAAAAGGAAUAAAUAUUGGUAAUUGUUGAUUAUUGGUGUACUAUAGGGUACAUGUUGGAAUAACGUGUAUGUAAACUGAAGAAAAAAUAAAAUGAAAAAAGACCAUGGCUUGUC